AUGAAAGGAAUGAAGGCUAUACUAGUUACUUUCCUUUUAGCAUUCGCCAUUGGUGGUGCUGCAGCAAUUAGAGCUCUUGAUGCUACGCUAUAUGUCUCACAUGGUGCUGAGACGAGGCAAGCCCAAGGGUUUGAUGCGCUUGGAGGAUUUGGCUAUCUUCCUAAAGGGCCACUUCCUCCAUCUGGUACAAACCAUGCUCCUCCUUCUACUCCAAGUGUUGGUCACAAACAAAUAAAGUUCGUUAAUCUUCAUAUGGGUUCGUCUCGUCCAAGCCAUCCGCCUCAUUCAACAUUAAGUGUUAGCCAUGAAGAAGCAAGAUUUGGCUAUCUCCCUAAAGGACCAGUCCCUCCAUCUGGUCCAAGCCAUCCUCCACCUUCUACCGUAAGUGCUGGUCUUGAAGAAACAAGGUUUGGCUAUCUUCCUAAAGGGCCAGUUCCUCCGUCUGGUCCAAGCCAUCCUCCUGCCCAAAGUGUUGAUCAUGAAAAAAUAAGCUUUGGUUACCUUCCUAAAGGACCAGUUCCUCCAUCUGGUCCUAGCCAUCCUCCUCCCUUUUAA